AUGACUUCCUCACUCCUCCUAACCAAUCUUCCACACGACUCAUCUUCCGCGCUCGAACACGCAUUUUCCUUUCCCACCGCGAAGAUAACCGUGCGUUUUCAGCCUAUUGGAUCAGCGCCUAUUUUACAAAGACCCGUGUCGAAGAUUAGUUCGAGUCAGAGUUGUUUUGCACCGGCGUUGGAUGAGGUGGUGGGGAAUUUACAUAGGUGUUUUAAGGAUUCCAAGGACCAGCUUAUUGUUACAUACUCGAUGACACCCGCAUUUGGAUGA